UCAAACUUGACAUCAGGCUUUGCGCUGAGAAUGGUAACUCGUCUUGGAGUCAGCGCGCUCAUAUCAGUGGCAUGCUUCAUGGAGAUAUGUACCUCUCAUUGCCCUCUCAACCUCCAACAUGGAUUGCAAACCCCCUGUUCUUUUUCUGAUCCUCUCUUCAUUGAUCUGCCUGGGACAACUCACUAACCACCCCUCUAACGAAGUUAAUCUGCUGGAUUCGAAGGCGAGUCAAGGGGAGCUGGGCUGGAUCUCUUAUCCAUCACAUGGGUGGGAAGAGAUCAGUGGGGUGGAUGAGCACUACACCCCGAUCCGCACCUACCAAGUCUGCAACGUGAUGGAGUACAACCAGAACAACUGGCUAAGGACCAACUGGAUCCCACGGAACUCAGCCCAGAAGAUUUACGUGGAGCUCAAGUUCACCCUGAGAGACUGCAACAGCAUCCCCCUGGUGCUAGGCACCUGCAAGGAGACCUUCAACCUGUACUGCAUGGAGUCAGACGAGGACCAAGGGGUCAAGUUCCAGGAGCACCACUACACAAAGAUCGACACUAUCGCAGCCGACGAGAGCUUCACUCAGAUGGACCUGGGCGACCGCAUCCUCAAGCUCAACACUGAGGUGCGGGAGGUGGGGCCUGUGAGCAGGAAAGGGUUCUACCUGGCUUUCCAGGAUGUGGGGGCCUGCGUGGCACUGGUCUCUGUGCGGGUCUACUUCAAGAAGUGCCCGUACACUGUGAAGAACCUGGCCAUGUUCUCAGACACAGUGCCCAUGGACUCCCAGUCAUUGGUGGAGGUGCAGGGCUCCUGUGUCAAUCACUCCAAAGAGGAGGAGCCUCCCAGGAUGUACUGCAGCACGGAGGGGGAGUGGCUGGUGCCCAUCGGGAAAUGCUUGUGCAACAUCGGGUAUGAGGAGAGGGGGAACUCCUGCCAAGACUGCAGACCAGGGUUCUACAAAUCUCUCCCUGGGAACGCAAAGUGUGCAAAGUGUCCUCCACACAGCUACACCCAGCAGGAGGGAUCUGUGCACUGCAGCUGCGAGAAAAACUACUUCCGCGCAGAGAAGGACCCAGUCUCCAUGGCCUGCACCAGACCUCCCUCCGCCCCAAGGAACAUCAUUUCAAACAUCAACGAGACUUCGGUCAUCCUGGACUGGACCUGGCCUGCAGACACAGGGGGCCGGAAGGACGUGACGUUCAGUGUGGUGUGUAAGAAAUGUGGUGCCAGCGCUCAGCAGUGUGAGCCGUGCCGCGGGGCUGUGCGCUUCCUGCCGCGCCGUGUCGGCCUCGCCAACACUACAGUGACCGUUGCCGACCUGCUGGCUCACACCACCUACACCUUCGAGAUCGAGGCCCUAAACGGCGUCUCUGAGCAGGGCUCCGCACUCAAGCAGAGUGCAGCCGUCACCAUUACCACCAACCAAGCUGCUCCAUCACCAGUCACUGUGAUUAGGAAGGACCGCACGGCCCGGAACAGCAUCACCCUCUCCUGGCAGGAGCCAGAGCGCCCCAACGGGAUCAUCCUGGACUAUGAGGUCAAAUACUAUGAGAAGCAGGAACAAGAGACAAGUUACACUAUCCUGAGAUCAAAAGGCACCAAUGUAACGAUCAAUGGGCUGAAACCUGACACCACGUACCUGUUUCAGAUCCGAGCGCGCACUGCCGCAGGGUACGGGGGCAGUAGCCGCAAGUUUGGAUUUGAAACCAGUCCGGAUUCUUUCUCCAUCUCCAGUGAGAACAGCCAGGUGGUGAUGAUUGCCAUCUCAGCUGCUAUAGCCAUCAUCCUGCUGACUGUGGUGGGGUACGUCCUGAUUAGCAGAUUCUGUGGGCAUAACAAGUCGAAACACACUGAUGAAAAGAGGUUUCAGUUUGGAAAUGAUCUUUUAAAACUCCCAGGACUAAGGACAUAUGUGGAUCCACACACUUAUGAGGACCCCAAUCAGGCUAUCCAUGAAUUUGCUAAGGAAUUGAACUCAUCUUGCAUAUCCAUCGAUAAAGUGGUUGGAGCAGGUGAAUUUGGAGAAGUGUGUAGUGGCCGGCUGAAGCUGCCCUCUAAGAGAGAGAUCUCUGUGGCAAUCAAAACCCUGAAAGCAGGCUACACUGAGAACCAGAGGCGGGACUUCCUGAGUGAGGCCAGCAUCAUGGGGCAGUUUGAGCACCCCAACAUCAUCCGGCUGGAGGGCGUGGUCACCAGAAGUAAACCAGUGAUGAUUGUCACAGAAUACAUGGAAAAUGGCUCUUUAGACAGUUUUCUACGAAAUCACGACGCCCAGUUCACUGUGAUCCAGCUGGUGGGCAUGCUGCGCGGCAUUGCCUCUGGGAUGAAGUAUCUCUCUGAUAUGGGCUACGUUCACAGAGACCUGGCGGCUCGCAACAUCCUGGUCAACAGCAACCUGGUGUGUAAGGUGUCAGACUUCGGGCUGUCACGUGUGCUGGAGGACGACCCUGAGGCUGCCUACACGACGCGGGGCGGCAAGAUCCCGAUCCGGUGGACUGCACCAGAAGCCAUCGCCUACCGCAAGUUCACCUCUGCCAGCGAUAUGUGGAGCUACGGCAUUGUGCUGUGGGAGGUGAUGGCAUAUGGAGAAAGGCCUUACUGGGAGAUGUCCAAUCAGGAUGUAAUUAAAGCAGUGGAUGAAGGCUACCGGCUGCCUCCUCCCAUGGACUGCCCAGCUGCCCUGUACCAGCUGAUGCUAGACUGCUGGCAGAAGGAUAGGAACAACAGGCCCAAGUUCGAGCAGAUUGUCAGCAUUCUGGACAAGCUCAUCCGCAACCCAAGCAGCCUCAAGAUCAUUGCCAACACCGCUUCCAGGCCAUCAAACCUGCUACUGGACCGGAACAGCACAGACAUCGCUGCCUUCUGCUCAAUGGGCGACUGGCUGGAGAGCGUCCGGACUCUGCCCAGCAGGGACCACUACACUGGGGUCAGCUACAGCUCCUGCAACACGCUAGCAAAGACAUCAGUAGAGGACUUGAAGAAGAUAGGCGUAACUGUUGUAGGACCUCAGAAGAAGAUUGUAAGCAGCAUUAAAGCACUUGAAACACACACAAAGAACGGCCCGGUUUCGGUGUAAGACAGACCCUUCGCUGCUUUGGGUCAGAAAAAUAAAAACAAUGUGGGAAAACAACGCAAUGGACAGCAAAUUGAUGGAACAGUGGCAAAGGCACAGGGGGAUCCAGGGAUCUCGGGAAGAGUUUGACAGUGCUCAGAGUCCAGAUGGAUAUUAGUCCCAGGAUACAUAAAGACUUGCCAGUGAUACGAGUUAGAGUUGCCUUAAUUAAAAAAAAAAAAAAAAAAAAAAAAAAAAAAAAAAACACAAGAGGAAGAAAAACUUAAAGUACUCCAAUCAAGCUGUCUUGUACCAUGUACCCAGGAUGUGAGAACAUUUAUUCACAAGGCUACAUCAAAAAGCAUGGCUAGCUUUGAGACUAAUAAUUGAUCAAGUGGAAGUGGUAAGAAUGGUGUUUGCUGUUAACAUGUUUCAAAUGAAUUAGUAACGGGGAACGGCUUUAGUAAUGUUGCUAAAAAGGAAUAAACACAAAUAAAUAGGUAAAAUAACCCAACUACUGCUGGAGACUAGAUUUUGAUUGCAGGAACUAUUGUUGUCUUGAGCUAAGCAAUGCAAUAAAACCAGUUCAGAACACCCUGACUCCUACCCAGAGGUUUAACACACUAAUCAUUCUAUCAAUCAUUGCACACACACAGGCUUCAGCAGGGUCAGGGAUGGAUGUCAAACAGACAGAUCAAAAAACAUUAAGACUUCUGACCACAGAAAUGGUAAGUUCAGUAUUGGGUGUUGUUCUGUGGAGUUUUGCAGUGAAAUCAUACUUAACAUGUUUGUUUUUCUCAAGUGCAAUACACCGAUCAUAAUUCAUGGUAAGGCUCUGAUUAAAAUAGCUGGUAUACACUGUUUAACAGUAACGCGGUCCUCAGAAUGACAGCCCUGUUCAUGUAAUGUAAUGAAAGUGCCAAACAGCAAGUUACUUUGCUUUAGGGAACAUUUUGUGGUGUAUUUGAACCCCAGAGUUAACACACAAACCACAAUGUGUAGAUUCAGAGUCUAUAAUUAUAGGUCUUAGAUCAGAUAAGAAAGCAGUUUUCAGUAUAAUAACUAUUUCUCUCAAUAGUCAUUGACAGAUGCUAGUUUUCCCACACAGACUAAUAUGCAGAAUAUGGUGUAAUGUACAUUGGAAUACAUUAUGAAUCCUUUUUUUUAUGUUGGGUUAGGAAUUACCAUUGAUUUCAAAUGGGAUUAUAUUGUAAUGGAGACACUAUUUUGAAUGUGGAGAAAGUCCAAUUCAAUAUUUGCAUGAGAUUGCUGACUUACAGACGAGAUGGAAGACUCGUCUCCAGAAUGAGUGUGUUUUAAGCCCCAGAUCAGCAGCAUGUCCUUUACUCAAGGGCUAGUCCCAUUGCUGUGCCCUCUUGUUGCCUUUGCCCCAGCCAGCAGUCACUAUUGUAAUGCCAUGCAGCUGCCCAGUGCGGGUUCUAAAGAGGAAGUAAUCUGGGUAGAUAACAUUUAGUCAGAUUGGAACUGGCAUUACUUGUCAGUGGUAACAGUUGCCAUGAUUUCUAUAAAACUGAGAACCAUUUUUAUAAUUUUGAAUACAAAAAAAAAAAAAAUAGAAGUGAUCUUUUGGUGUGCUGCAAUGUCUCGUCUGAAGUGAAGCAGGACGCUCAGUGGAAAACUGGAUGGGUAAUCCUGAUGUCAGCUGAAUGAUGCAUCUUUAACCUACAAAGAUAUGAGAGAAAGAAUAAUAACAUAUAUUGAGAAAUAUAUCGUGAAGGGGAAGAAAUGAGCAGAAAUCAGUUGCUAUCAGAGUAAACACUGUCCUGAGCUCUGCUUCAUUGCGUCCCUCCCCCCGGCUUCAUGGAGCAUUCCAGUGAAUGGACUCUUAGUGGGAGAGACUGCACUCCUGUUACAGUUCUCAUCGACACAGUAUCUUAGAGUGAUUUCUCUAACCCUAACUCUAACCCUCUCUCAUUAUACAUGUGAAUAAAUACUCUUCCCCACAGUGUUAUCCUGUAUAUAUGGAAACAUGAUAUUGUAAUAUUAGUAACAGUGACAUUAGUGGUACUGUCAUUUCUGUGGCUAUCUCUUGUACAGAACUUAUAUUAAAAAAGCUUGCUUAGGGCAACAUAUUUUUUAAAAAAUGUACCAUAUUAUCUAUUCAGUACCUUAAAAAUCAAUUCUAAUUUCCAUCUAUUAUUUAUUUCUGUUAGCAUAUCCAGUGCAGAGUUGUUGCUUGUAGCAUACAGUAAACUAUGACAGUGUAUGGGAUUUCUGUUGAUGGUGUGUAUUUGCCUUUUAUUGUGUAAGUUUGUUUCGUUGGUAUUUCUGUUUUGUUUUUUAAUACAAUACUGUUUUCCCCUAAUUUAGUUUUUGUGUGCAAAUGUAGAUGGACUGCUACUAAUGUAAAAGGAUUUGUAGUGGAAACAUUUAUAUUUUUAUAAUAAACAUAA